CCCGUAACCCAUCCACGACUCUCACUAAUCUCCCGACCUCUGCUCUUUUGCGUCCCCCCACAGGUGGCGAUGGUGGAGGUGCAGCUGGACCACGACACAAAGGUUCCGCCCGGAAUGCUAGUGGCGUUUGCGAUCUGCACCACUAUGCUGGUGGCCGUGCAUAUGCUGGCUUUGAUGAUUAGCACCUGCAUCCUGCCGAACAUCGAGGUAGUGUGCAACCUGCACAGCAUCUCCCUGGUGCACGAGUCGCCGCACGAGCGCCUGCACUGGUACAUUGAGACGGCGUGGGCAUUUUCGACGCUGCUGGGGUUGAUCCUAUUCCUGCUGGAGAUAGCCAUACUGUGCUGGGUAAAGUUCUAUGAUCUGAGCCCGCCGGCGGCCUGGUCGUCCUACGUGGUGCUGAUACCCGUGAUGAUUAUCUUCCUGGCUUUCGCCAUACACUUCUAUCGGUCUCUGGUGACGCACAAGUACGAGGUGACGGUCUCCGGCAUGCGGGAGCUGGAGAUCCUCAAGGAGCAGAUGGAACAGGAUCACCUCGAGCACCAUAACAACCAUAAUCGCAAUAACGGCAUCCACUACGGUGCCGCCGGCGACAUCGUUUAGCAGUAUUAAUCGCGCGAGGAUCCCACGAAGCAAUAAACCAUCUCGGCGAUCCUUCUCUGAAAACUUAACGAAAACGAAAAG